AAAAAAAACGAAAAGAAAAUGAAGGCGCGCAAUUAAUGCAAACACAUGCAGCCUCCUGCGUGAGGUGAUAACGGCUCCAUAUUGUCAUAGCGAUCUACACCCGAUUGAUACCGUAUAAAUACACGGACACACAAGGGCACACAUAUAUUGCCACGACAUAUACACAUCACAAAGCAAAACCAGCAAGCCACCAAUGGCCGCCGCCGCCGCCGCCGUGCUCUUCGCCGCCGUCCUCCUGCUCCUCUUCUCCGCCGCCGCCGCGCUCUUCGCCGCCGUCCUCCUCUUCUUCAUCUCCGCCGGCCCAGCCACGCCAGCCCAGGUAGAGAAAGAGACACACAUAAAACUCUACUGGCAAGACAUACUAAGCGGCCCAAGCCCAACAGCUGUGCAAGUAGCCCGGGCCGCCACGACCAACACCUCCAAGACCUUCUUCGGGACCGUGACAGUCAUCGACGACCCGCUCACCGCCGGGCCGGGCCUCAACACCUCGAGAAUCAUGGGCCGGGCCCAGGGCACUUACGUGAGCGCGGGGAAGGACACGCAGGCGUUUCUGAUGAACAUGAACUUCGUCUUCGCCGCCGGCGAGCACGCCGGGAGCAGCGUGGCCAUCAUGGGCCGGAGCGAGGUGGCCGCUGCCGUCAGGGAGUUGGCUGUUGUUGGUGGGACCGGGAAGUUCAGGUGGGCCCGCGGGUACGCGCUGGCCAGGACGUGUAGCUUGGAUGUCGUCACUGGGGAUGCCACCGUCGAGUACAACGUCUUCGUCAGACACUAAUACAAGCUCUAAUUAUGAAUUAGUCGCACAUUUAAGCUAGUGACCAGCUUAAUUAAUUGUGAUGUUUAAUUAAUAUAGUAUGCCGAUCGAUUGGACGGAUUUGGUUGGUUGGUUGAAUUUGAAUUUACGAUCCAUUUACACGUGAAUGUACGUACGUACAACUUAAUUUAGUUUUGCUCACUGUAUACCUUGUACCGUUGUACGUAUUCUUUUUCUCGUUGCUCUGUUCUCGUCCACAGAAGCGGCGAGAAGAUACGGGAAGUUGCUGUGUCGUGGUCAUCACGUAUCUAACAACCGGUCACUACUGUAUUUUCCGGUUGGAACAAUAAGUGAAGACAAAAUUAGUUGGAUCGAUACUGUAGCUUUUUCAUUUAUUCAGUACUACAGUGAAACUGCGCACGCCAUUUAUUCAGCAUACUGUCAGUAACUAGUUUCGACAAAGAGUCUACUGAUAUAAAUUCAAAUUCAUGUCAUAUAUAAAAACCUUAACGAAACUUAAUACGUGCUAUGUGUUAAAAAAGAGAGAAUACAUUAUUAAUUUGUUGUGCAGAAAUACAUGUAGGUACCCAUCAUAACAAUUUAUGAAACGUUUAAUUAUAGAUAGAAAAGAAAUUAUACAACAGAACCCUUAGAGGACACGUAAAGUCUUGUUCGUAGGACAGCAAAAAUACCAAUGAUGCUUACAAGCAAGAAUGUCCGGCAGCCAAUUUUUGUUCAAUCACUAUGAUUCCAAACCUAACGUACAA